CUCGGUUUCUUAUUAAAACCUGAAGAGAAGUAAUUCGUCCCCAAAUUCCAUCCGCCUAGACGAUCAGUGACGGGAAACCGCGAGAGAAGGGGAACCAAGAUUCAACAAUGGCGUCAUCGUCACCGACGUCUUCGUGUAGCUCUUCGUUUUCUUCACCAUUUACGGCUUCCAAGUUCUCGAAUCUUCCCGUGAUGGCUCUCCGUGACAAAAUCGUCGAGAAAAUCAUUGACAAUCGCGUCACUCUUAUCGUCGGCGAAACCGGCUGCGGGAAGAGCUCUCAAGUUCCACAGUUUCUUAUUGAAGAAAACAUGGAACCCAUCCUAUGUACACAGCCGAGAAGAUUUGCUGUUGUCGCUGUGGCUAAAAUGGUGGCAAAAGCUCGUAAUUGUGAACUUGGGGGGGAGGUUGGAUAUCACAUUGGUCACUCAAAGAAUUUAUCAGCAAGGUCAAAGAUUGUUUUCAAAACAGCUGGAGUAUUGUUGGAUGAAAUGCGGGACAGGGGUUUGAGUGCACUUCAAUAUAAGGUUAUUGUUCUUGAUGAAGUGCACGAAAGAUCUGUCGAGUCUGAUCUUGUUCUAGUCUGUGUGAAGCAGCUUCUGCAAAAGAACAACGACUUGAGGUUGGUAUUGAUGUCUGCAACUGCUGACAUUGCGAGAUACCGGGAUUACUUCAGGGAUCUUGGAAGGGGUGAAAGAGUUGAAGUGCUUGCAAUACCUAGUUCCAACCAGCAAGCCAUUUUUCAACAGAGGGUGUCAUACCUUGAGCAGGUGACAGAAACUCUUGGAAUAAGCUCAGACUUAUCAUCUAGGUAUUGUCCUGGUCCAAGCCCAUCUAUGGCUAAUGCCGAUAUCAAGCCCGAGGUGCACAAACUUAUUCAUGAUUUAGUGUUACACAUUCACAAGAAUGAGCCUGACAUCGAGAAAAGUAUUUUGGUUUUCCUUCCAACAUACCAUGCCCUUGCGCAGCAGUGGUACCUUCUGAAGCCGUUUUUUUCAAUUUUUAAAGUUCACAUUUUGCAUCGAAGCAUUGACACAGAACAAGCUCUGAGGGCUAUGAAAAUCUGGAAAUCCCAUCGUAAGGUAAUAUUGGCCACAAACAUUGCCGAAUCAUCUGUGACCAUACCCAAAGUUGCCUAUGUCAUUGACUCAUGUCGAUCUCUGCAAGUUUUUUGGGACAGUAUCAGGAAAAAAGAUUCUGUAAAGCUUGUUUGGGUGUCCAAGUCCCAGGCUGAGCAGCGUAAAGGGAGAACUGGGCGUACUUGUGAUGGCCAAACUUAUCGGCUAGUUACUAGUUCCUUUUUCAACAAGCUUGAGGAUUAUGAGUGCCCAGCUAUUUUGAGGUUGUCAUUGAGAUCACAAGUGCUUUUGGUUUGCUGUGCUGAUUCCAAAGCUAUAAAUGAUCCCAAGGUCUUGUUGCAGAGGGCUCUUGAUCCCCCAGACUCUGAAGUGGUUGAGGAUGCUUUGAGCUUGCUUGUUCAGAUGAAAGCACUGGAGAAAACACCUCCUAGGGGUCGUUAUGAGGCCACAUUUUACGGACGAUUGCUUGCCAGUUUCUCACUGUCUUUUGAUGCUUCAGUUCUUGUAAUCAAGUUUGGGGACUGUGGAAUGCUGCGUGAAGGCAUUCUGCUGGGUAUACUGAUGGAUAUAAUGCCUUCACCAAUUCUCCAUCCUUUUGGGGAAGAACAUUUGUUUGCAGAAUACACUAACUGCUACUUCAGUGGAGAUUGUGACAAGACUGUCCAAAUUGGUCGAAGGGAGGCACUUUCUAUGGCAAAUUUGUGUGCAUACGAGUUCUGGCAACGCGUGUUUAAGGAUAAGCAUCGCCUUGAACAUCUGAAGCAACUUCUAAAAGUUGAUGAAGUUAGGGCUGCCACACGAGUGAUGCCCAAGAUUGAAGAAGAAUGGUGCUUAUUGCAUAAUCUUGUGCAAUCGUCGCUACAUCACAUCUCUGAGAUAUAUGAAGACAUACUUAGUUCAGUGCACCGGUUUCGGCCCAAAUUUUUGGGUGUCUCUAAUAGCCUGCCAACCUACUAUGAUCCUUAUGAGUUUGAGCAUACAUGCCUUAUAAAAUGUCAGCCAAAUGAAGACACAGGUGUUGCUGCAGAUGAUGAGCACAAUGAGACACCUUGCCAAACAAGGAUAUGUGCUGCUGUACCCUUCGUUUCUUCGACUCACUUUCAGACCAAGUCUAUAUCUGAAAAAUUAACUAAUAUUAUCAAAGAGAUAAGAGUACAAUAUACAGAAGAGGCUUCUCAUAUUCAACAUUUUAAUGAUGUUGAUAUUAGCUCUAUUCCUAAUGUGGAGCCCGAUCUAUGUAUUUACUUCCUCAAAGGUUUCUGCAAUAGGGGUAGUGAAUGCUCAUUUUCUCAUUCACUUCAAGCGAAAAGACCUGUGUGCAGAUUCUUUUUCUCUCUUCAGGGUUGUCGAAAUGGAGAGUCAUGUUCCUUUUCUCAUGACCUGGAUCCAUCAGUAUCCACCUUUAGCUCAACAUCUUGCCUUCCAGAAGACAGUGAAGUCAAUAUGGAAUCCCUUCUACAAUUGUUUCCCACAUCUUCUGAUGGAUACGUUCUUUUAUUGGACGACUGCGAUUUACAUUUCUCUUUAAAUCUUGCGCGCUACUAUGAUCCUUGCAAAAUAGUCUCUACUACAUCUUUAUCAGAAAUGUCAAUAUAUCAGCCAUUAUUGGAUGGUAUCAGAAUUUUUUGGGGCCUUACUAGCCUUUACCAGACCAUCAUUGGCAAAGCAAGCAAGAUGCCGAUUCCAUGGAAUGAUGUGAAGUGCGUGCUGUGGUUUCCUAACCUAGACGGCUACAGUGAAAAAUUGGAUAGACAGAAAUCUCUAGUGCAGAAUUUUUUCGAAUAUUUAGCUAUCAGAUUGCUGGGUGAUGCUUUGUAUGAAGUUCAAGUGAUCAUCACCAUGAACAAUAUAAAAUUCUCACAAUUACAGGUGGAACAAUUGGGAAGAGAAAACUUCUUCUUCCUUGGAGAAUCUUUUCCAUUUGAUGAAGCAAGCUUUGGGGAGGUUCCAGGUACAGUUGCCACUAAGAAACAACUGUUGGUAUCAAGGCCUACCUCAUAUAUUUUUGAUCUAUACCCGCCUACCGACAUUCAAUUUGGGAACUAUGGAGCUACACUUCACAAAUGUCUAGAUGAAAUCCAUGAAGAUAUCUAGGAGUUUCUUGUGUUGUCCGCAACUGAUCUAGAAGUCGCAGAAUUUGUCUUGAAUAUCAUACCUUCAUACAGGAGGGCCCUUUGGAUUAGAGUUAAUUCUGUACUGCAGCUAUUUACCCCGCUGGGUGAGAGUUCUUGGAACAUAUGUAUGAAUCACCUGUUUAUCUUCUUAGUAUAUAUCUUGAAGGUUUGUUCCUUGAA